CUUCUUGUUCUUUGCUCCUCUACAAGCCUUUGGUUUUUUUUCUUUUCCUCCAGCUUUUGUUAGUAUAAGUACAGCCAUUUCACAUAUCUUUGGAUAUUUGGUCAUAAAAAUCUUUUGGAAGGAAGUAAGAAGAUUGGAUUAUAAUGGAUAGAUUGAGAAAUUUGGCAUCUCAGAAAGCAGUAGUGAUUUUUUCCAAGAGCUCAUGCUAUAUAUGCCAUAGCAUCCAGACACUCUUUUAUGAGCUUGGUGCAAGCCCUGCAGUUCACGAGCUUGACCAUGAUGCAAAUGGGCGAGAAAUCGAUUGGGCUCUUAGAGGUCUAGGGUGCAACCCCUCAGUUCCAGCUGUGUUCAUAGGAGGAAAGUUUAUAGGCUCAGCAAAAGAUGUUAUUUCUCUCCAUGUUAAUGGGGAUCUCAAACAAAUGCUGAUAGAUGCGAAGGCCAUCUGGUUGUAAUGCUACAAAAAGCAAAACUGCAUGGUUUUUUCUUUUUUUCGUUUUGUCUUUUUUUUUAACCCACCUGCCUUUAUUAUGUCGAAAAGGCUCAAAAUGUUGUAAGAAGGCUCUGAUAGUUCUCGAGUUUACAACUGAACUGUAUAAAAUGAAGCCAUACUUACCUUGAGAUAUCUAAAUGCUAGGAUAACUUUUCCUAGAGUUUAGUAUUACUUCCAUCUUGCUAUACGAAGGGAAAGAUUUAAAAAUAAAAACAAAAAAGAUUAAAUGUGGACUCCAACAUGCCUACUAUACUGUCUGCAUAGGAUUUGUCUGUCGACUGAAGUAGAAUAAAACAUUGACUAAUUUUGUUCUAAAAAGUGAAUAAUAAGAUAGGUGAGCAGCAUGAUUAAAGGUUUUUGUGCACAUAACUGGUAAGUCUUUUUUGCAAGUCUACCAUUGAUUAAAAUAGGAAGAUGCACCACUGAGGAAUGAUGCACUAAAUUUCUUCUUGCAAACUAAAUUUUCUUUUGUUUGGAGUUGUCAUUGGCAAAAAUAUGUACUUGUUUACUGUUGUGCUUUUCAUUAGAUCUUCAUCUGCUGCCAGACUGAUAAUCUGCUUGUACACAUCAUGUUACUUAACUUCAAGGCAAGGCAUGUUGAUAAAGACAUGCACAUAACCUUUUUUUAUUGGGGAGGUGGUGUUGUUGAGUUGUGAAGAUGGAGUUUCUCGAUGAAUAUGCAAAAUAGAGAGAGGGAAAGAUAAUGUUUUUUAAUAAAUGUACAAAUUUCAAUAGCGAGUUAAUAAUACCAACUUAUGACAUCGGUGGGCCAAACACCCCUAGUUUAUACCAAGUGAGCCACCUUAUCAUCUAGUUUAAGCAUCUUUUGCAGGUUAAAAUAUGGCAGGGGUUAAUUUCUCCCAUCACUACAUAACAUUUUGGAUGCAAUUACUUAGGUCCUUUACUAGUUCAAGGAUAACCUGGUGACGUUUAACUUUUAUGCCUGCCAUGAACCUUCUAUAUAUUUUGAGCCAAAAUCAAUUUUGGAGUCACAAAUUCAAUAUAAAUGUAUUGAAGUAUUGAUUUGAUCAUAGCUCAAUUGAUUAAGACAUGUUUUUUGACCAAAAGGUUAGAGGAUCGACUCCCUGCCUCCCCUUGUUCAACUCAGAUAAAGAAGUUAUUAUACUUCAUCUAUUGCUCAAUGUUACACACAUACACACAAACCCAUCUGGAGUAUCAAUAGAGCGUGUUUAUACAUGCACCCAGGGACAGGAUACCCAUUUGACAGUCAUGGAUUUGCCAUAUAAACUAGAUAUUACAUUGGAGAAGGCAUUAUGAAGCUAUAACUUUUCAAGGGGAUAGUUCGACCAUUUCAAUUUAUAUAUAUUUGUGUGCUCACCAGGCUGUGGAACAUAACUCUGUUAGAUUGGUGAAGCUCAGCAAGCUCCACAUGCAAGAAGGAAUCGUACAACUUGGUGGACAGAAUACGGAGAACUACCGCCACUGGAGCCUUUCUGCAUAAGGAUUCAAAGAAGGUGAUUGGAAGAAUCUGGUAUUUAUUGACCGAUAUUGCAUAAUUUUUUUGCUUUUAUUAUAUUGUUUUUUGAUAACCAUAUUCUCAUUUCCACAAACUUUGCAAAGUAGAAGACACGGUCAUUGGUUUUACACGUCAGAUAAAGCUUGGUAUGAUCAAUAUCACCACUUGAUUACAUUACUAAUAUAAGUGAGAUUAAAUUAUAAUUUACAUUUAUCAAAUGGUUAAUUAUUCGUAUAUCAGCAUCAUAAAAUAGUCGUGCGCACUGAAUUAAAAGACCUUUCAACUUGUCCAGCCUGUUAGAAACAGUAAUAUUAAAAAGUUGCUUUUAUUAGUUUGGGCAUCUAGGGAAAGCACAAACUCUUUUGAACGUUCUUUUUUUUUUUUAUAUAAAGAAAGCAAUCUUCCUUAUGUUGUCUCUAUAAAUAGUCUUGCAUGCAAACUCAAAUUCAUAAUACAACAAGCUUCGAUAUUAGUUUUCUCUUGCACACUUUUUCUUCUUAAUAUUUAAAACCUAUAUAACCGUAUUUGGACCAAAUUUGACCAAAUUUGGUCCAAAGAGGUUAUAAGGUUUUAAACAAACUUGAAAGAAACCUUAGAUAUCAAGUGCACUUUUGUAGCUUGGCUUCAUUUCAUCUGUAAGGAAAACUCUAUCAUAUUAGGAAGGCAUGGAUAAGGUUAAAAGGUUGGUUGCAGAGAGGAGUGUGGUCAUCUUCAGCAAGAGCUCAUGCUGCCUAUCAUAUGCAGUUAACAUUCUAUUUGGGGAACUUGGAGUCAAUCCUCUCGUGUAUGAGAUUGACCAAGACCCUGAUUACAGGGAAAUAGAGAAAGCUCUCAUGAGGCUAGGAUGCAAUGCACCAGUACCGGCCGUUUUCAUCGGCGGAAAGCUGGUCGGAUCCACGAAUGAAAUCAUGUCACACCACUUAAGCGGUGAUCUGACCAAAAUGCUGGUGCAAAGCCAUGCUUUGAAUAAAUACUAAAUCUAAUCAAAUUAUUCACUAUUCUGUUGGAGAAGGAAAACAAUAAUAAGUUGGCUCAAGUUUAUAAUGAAUAGUUAUGUUAUGUCUUAUGUCUCAAGAAUUAUGUAGCAAUUGUUUAGCUGUGUAGUAUGUAAUACGUUUGUUAUUGAUAAUGAAGUCAGCUCCUAUUUUAUUGUGUUUA